CAGAAUUUUGGAGGAAUGCAACAUGGGAUGGUGUGGACAGACAACUUUAGUCUGGACCACAUGGGAUCGGCUCCUUUCAUAGUAGUUGGUGGAGACAGCAGGUCUCUUGCCUCUCCCGCCCUUAGGCAGGAACCCCCAACCACUCCAACCCCAGCCACAACCCCCUUGGGGAGUGCUGGCAGUGCGCACGGGACUGAUGCCCAGCCGGAAGUUGAUACAUCUGGUGGAGAGGCUAUCAAGAUGCUGUAUAUUGGCUUCUCACUGUCAAUAUCCUGCAAUAUGACCAACCUGGAGAGCACAACACUUCAGUUAGAGUGGUUCAAGAAUGACAUUAAGUUAGAGAGCAACGAUCGGAUCAAAAUCUUCCAGGAGAACUCCUCAAUCUACAUUGCAGAACCAAGUAGAGAUGACGUUGGAGAGUACAAGUGCCAGACAGCCGGGGUCAUCGCUGGAGAUAAUCCUCUCCACAAAAUUAUUCAAGUUAUCUUUUUGGAAAUCAGAAGGCUGGAUAAGUCAAUGGUUGUCACAGAAGGAGGGGAGCUCAUCAUAGAAUGUCCAGUUGAGGGUCAUCCACCCCCAGGCAUUCAGUGGUACAAAGAUUCUGAGCUUAUUGCCGAUGCCAUAAACGGAACUCAGUUGACCCUCCAGCCAAAUGACAAGGAAAUGCCAAAUGGCCUGAUGAAAGUGACUGGCGUACAGCUUGAGCACAGGGGGAAUUACUCAUGCACCAUCAUCUCCAAGAACCAGAAGUAUGAACGCUCAAUAUUUGUCAGGGUCAAGGGUGUUUAUGCUGCCCUGUGGCCGUUCCUUGGGAUUCUUGUGGAAAUGAUUGUGUUGGGGAUCAUUAUUUUCAUCUUUGAGAAGCGUCGUGCCAAGGCAGAGUUUGAUGAGUCUGACACUGACCAAGGAAAUGAUCAGAAAGCCGAUAACAACAGGGGUCAGCGGCGGAAGUAAGUUGAAGUCGGCCUGGCUUUGAUCACAAGACUUCAGCUAAAACUAUGCCCCACCAAGUUAGUUUCAAUUAGAGAUCAGAUCAUACCUGACCCCAGCCCCCCUCCCCCCACCUCCCCCAUUUUGCCCAAAAUCUAAUCUUGUCAAAGUAGAUACAUGAUUCUAAAUCACUUCUAAAUCCUCAUAAACCCACAAGCAUAACUAAGGGAAUGAUGAUGACUGGUGUGGAGGAGUAUACAGAUCAUACUCUUUUCUUUUCUUUCCUUCAUUCUUUUACUUUAUAGAAUGCACAUCUGUACAUUGGUGUGCUGUUGCCACUAUUGUAUUAUGUACAUUUGCUCCUUCACAUUUAAAAGAUUACAGAUAAAUUUGGGUAACAUAAUGACAUUUGCUAAUUAUAACACUGGUGGUAAAAGGCAUAAGAGCACAAUAAAUUAUUGCUUAAACAAAACAAGAUUCUGAUCUGUAAAGCUUAACUGAGUAGUUGUAAACAACAUUGUUUUUACACAUGAAAUUGUUGGUAGUGUUUAGUAUAGAAUUUUUGUUUCAUUUGGAUUUGAUUUGUAAAGAAAAGCUGUGACUUUGCUUUUAGCAGAUGAGGCCUGCCUCUUGUGUGGUUAAAGUUUCUAUUGUCAGCAUCUUCUCUAGUACCUCAGAAAUUUGAAUCGUAAACUGCAUAUGGUAAAAUGUUGAUGGAAAAGCUUACAUUUUGAUAAUGUUCAGCUGCUGUAUUUCUUUUGUCUGUUACGGAGUUAUAUUAUUCCUGUGGUAAUUAUUGUUACCACAUUUAUUCUUUGACCAAAUUUACUUGGGACCUUAUAGUAGGGAUUAAAAAAAUAUAUAAUUUCUUGGACACUUUUUUUUUCUGUAUCUUUGUAUAAUUUAGUAAUGACUUUAGAUUAUUUUCAUGGCAUAAAGGGACCUAAUACCAAGA